AUGCUGAGAGCCACAGAACAGCUCACCUGGCUCGCCCCGCUCGACAAGUUCAAACGCGGAUACGAAACCAUUGACCCUAGCUCAGGUAGAAAGGGAUCCGCGGGCGACAAUGUCGACUGGCAAUACGUCUCUGGCAAGCAUCUCAGAUGCAAAGUGCUCUCGACGCAGGCGAGUGACAAGGGCCAAUCCUCACUGGAUGCAUCGAGCCAGACAGACCGCCUCCUGCUGUCGCAGGAGGCCACGAACGAUCGACAGCUGAGGGUUAUCGUCGAGUGCGGGCCUUUCGAGGAUAAGCGACUGGCUACGAGCAAGAGCGCGAUCGAUCUGAAGCUCCCGAGCUUCUCGCAGACCGCAUCGCCACUUGUUCUGUCGGAUGUCGACGUCGUUCGAGUCAACAGGGUGUACUUUCACACGGAGUACAGACUGAAGGCUGUCAUCGUGUAUCGCCAGAACAAGUGCGUCCUUCUUCGCAUGCUCGACGAGCGGGACGUGAACAAGGCUGUUCGACUACAGCUAGAGUUUCAAAAAGACGAAGACGUUGAGACAUUCUUGUCUCUCAUCGAGCUUGACAGCACACGACACAUGACUAGUCGAGCAGCAGAAGCGAAGACGGAAGAAAAACAAAGCAGACCGAAAGGCAAGCAAAAUUGGGACAAGGCGGACAGAGCGAGUCAAGAAGCCACAAACACCACAUCUCCCUCUCGCGUCCCCGAAGACGUACCAGUCGAGAGCCAAACGCAAAGCCAAAGCCAGAGUCAAGGUCUCGGCGAAAAGCUCUUGCUCCUCAACCAGGAACGUCAGUCAUCUCCGCCCUCUCAACGUUCCGCUUUCGAAAAUUACUCUCAAGCUGUUCAGCCCGACUGUCUCAACAUCAGCAGCUCUGCACAUCUUUGUCAAAACUGCGCUUCCCAAACUCUCCCAGUGAGCACCUUGAACAACGCCACUGCGAGCUCCUCCUCGAGCUCGAUCCCUCUCAUCCAGGUCUGUCGGCCUCCGGCUGAAAUGCCAUUGACCACGUUCACGGACGAAGAGACGUUCGGGCGUCAGGGUGGGGCGGAGCAGAGAUACGCGGGCGAACACGGCAGCAACCAAGGUGAAUAUGACGACGGGCUGCAGGGCUGGCCGGAUCCAAGCGCCGUUGAUUGUAUCCUGGACGAUGUCUACAGGCUCUGCCUUGCCGAUGCUGGUCUGGACGAGGUGAUUGCGAGCUGUGUCGACGAGUACUUGCUCGACCUGGAUCUCGAGUAG